UUUAAACUUUGGACCCGUGAAGAAGAGCUGAGAGAUACUGUGGAGACUUUCAGGAACAAAGACAAAGCUGCUACAUAACAAGGCGAUUUGGAUAUUUUGGUUGGAUCUUUGGAGAUCUCUCUGCUGUGCCCAACAAAAAGAGACUUAUGGAGAACUGCCCAGAUCAGGGUUGUGGAGACAUCGAGCUGCUCCACUGGCUGUUUGAUCAAAAUGAUGGAAUUCUUUGUCAGGAAGCGCCAGAACACCAUAGCAACCAUCACAGCUGGACAAUGCAGGAACAAAAUCAGAUGCUGCAGCCAUCUGAACAGGCAGAUGACGACUUUCUCAAUGCCCUCCUGAGAGGAAAUGAUUCUGUGUCAGUGUCAGGGUCCCCGCUCUGGUCCCCAUCUCCAAGUGAUAGUGGGAUCAGUGAGGACCCUCCCUCAGACCACAUGGACAGCCCUCAGCGCCCUGAGACCCCCCCGGGGGACACUCAGUACUUCAGUCAGAGGCUGCAAACAAAGGCAAGCCUGGAAGCAGCCAACGUCUCCAUUGACCUCAAUCCUGCAUUCCUAAUGGGCAGAACAAGGGUUACACAAUAUCCUCCAGAUGUAGGUAGUCCACAGCUGUCCUCUGACUUCCCUCUAACUGUUAAAGACCUGCUUCUGUCUGGAACACAGGAACUGGUGAGUCCCCCACAGCCAUCCCAACAGUCCAUUCAAGAGCUGAUUCUCAAUGAGGAUGAGAAGAAGCUGCUAGCAAAGGAGGGGGUCACUCUGCCCAGCCAGUUACCUCUCACUAAGUACGAAGAAAGGAUUCUGAAGAAAAUACGCCGGAAGAUUCGUAACAAGCAGUCUGCCCAGGAGAGCAGGAAGAAGAAGAAGGAAUAUAUCGAUGGAUUGGAGAGCAGGAUGGCUGCCUGCAAUGCACACAACCAGGAGCUGCAGAGGAAAGUGUCACAGCUGGAGAAGUGCAACAUGUCACUAAUGGAACAGCUGCACAGGCUACAGGCUCUGUUCAUGAAUACAUCUAACAAGCCAGCCCAGACUGGAACAUGUGUACUGGUGUUUGUGCUGUCUCUGUCCCUAAUCUUGUUCCCCAGUAUUAAGCCUUUCGCUGACACCAAGGUCAGCCAAGGAGACUUCAGUCCAGUCAGAAUUCAAUCGAGGUCUCUGCAGAACCUCCAGGCUUCUCGUGUGCUGCAAGUCACCGAGGCCCCAUUCUCCACUGAGGAUGAAUCAGAACCUCUCCACCGGCAUUUCCCAGGAGACCAGGGACUGGAGGAUAUUACUGCACUAAUGGGAAAACUGGGAGUGAACCAAGAGCGGUCCAGUUUGGAAACAACGUCUCUGAAUAGCAGUGAGCUGGAGAGACAUGGUCAUUUCCAUGUAGACCCAAUUACUGGUCACAUAGCCACAGUGACCUUGGAUCCCCACCACUCUGCUAAGCUGCGACCACAUGCUGACGAUAUGUAAGACAAAGAAAUAAUCCCCUCAUGAAUUUCUCAAAUGUCCUCCUUCCUAUGGUAGACACAGAGAGGGGAAAUUAGAUUUUAAUCAUUCAUGUUUUGCCUUUAACGUACUGUCUUUGUGCCUUUUGCUUUUUUUCUUUGUGAUAUUAUUUUAUAUAUGUGUAUGAAUUUAAAUUUUGCUCUGAAAUUGCCUGUCAAGAUGAACUGCAUCAUUUGUUUCCCUGGCUUUAUAAUUAAUAAAAUGCCAGUGUAAAUUAGUGUGUUUAAGACUGUCUAAGCUGAGUAACUAGAGCUGAGAUGAUGUAUACAGGUUUGAGUGAAUCAUUUGUAAAAUGUUUUUUUGGAAAGGACAUUUUUGCCCUGUAAGAUCCCCCAGUGUCUCUGAAUACUCCUGUACAGGAGACACUGGCUCAGCUCUCCAGUUAAAAGGUCAGCAAAUAAUUCAUUUGAACAGUGUCAAAUAAAAGAUGUCAACAUAA